AUGGUCGCCAUCAACGGGAGGCUCUGCCGACGAGGGCAGUCCCAGUCCAUCGGCGCUGUCACGGUCGGGCCUCGACCAGUCGGCCCUCGACCGCUCCGCCCUCGACCAGUCGGCCCUCGACGAGUCCGCGCUCGACCAGUCGGCCCUCGACGAGAGCACCAUGGUGCUCGAGGCCGACGUCCAGGCUGCGCCGACCUGCGGCGACCCGCGCAAGGCCUGGGACAGGACAGCGACGGCGACGGCCGCGUCACGCACGAGGACUUCCGGCGCGCGCCGGUGGCCGCGGUCGCGGUGGACAUGGCGCUGCAGGGAAGCAUGAGCCCUUCGCGGCCAAUCCACCCCCUGGCGAACCAGCAGUCUUUCGGCAGCGUCGCCACUCAGGUCGGGCCCCCGCCGCCAGGGUACGCGGAGCCCAUGGCGGCAGGCCGCUUCGGCCCGCCGCCGCGCCCGGGGCAGGCGCCCGUGCUGCCGGGGCGCGCAGGCGUGGCAGGCUCCGGGGCGCUGCCGUUGGGCACCCCGUUGGGCUCGUUCGCGCCUCCCGGAGUGGCGCCCGUGGGCCCCGUGCCGCACGCGGCCGGCCUCCUCGUGGCCCCGCCGCCCCUGGGCGGCGUGGCCUCUACGCCGCACCCGGCGGGCCUGCGCCGGUGA